AUGAAGGUGCCCAGCCAGUUUUGUGGUGCCACAAUGGAGGAUAGCUGCAGCCCCGCGUCCCAGAAUCACAACGGCCAGCUGGCCGGCGGCGCGAACGUGUCCAUCGCCAACAACAAGCACCAGGGCGGCAGCGACAAUGGCAGCAACGGCGACGCCAAGGACCAGCGGCCGCAGUACUCGAUGCCUGGCAUCCUGCACUUCAUCCAACACGAAUGGGCCCGCUUCGAGCUCGAAAGGUCCCAAUGGGAGCUCGACAGGGCGGAAUUUCAGGCUAGGAUAGCUUUUCUUCAGGGUGAAAGAAAGGGACAGGAAAAUCUGAAGAAUGACCUCGUGAGGAGAAUAAAAAUGUUAGAGUAUGCACUUAAGCAAGAAAGAGCGAGGUAUCAUAAGCUAAAAUAUGGUACUGAUCUAGUAAUACAAGGAGAUGUCAAACCACCUCUUUAUGAAGAAGGUACCACGUGCAAUAUCUCUGAAAGUGGUAGCGGCGGUGGUGGCGGUGGAAGUGGAGGAGAUGGAGAAGCUUCAUUUACAUCUGUCAGUAACGUUAGUUGGAGGCAAGGUCGUCAACUUCUGAGGCAAUAUUUGCAAGAGAUUGGAUAUACCGAUACGAUAAUAGAUGUACGGUCAAACAGAGUGCGAUCGCUGCUUGGCUUAAACAAUAAUACAGACACUGAGGAGAUGAAUACUCCAGCGUUAAAUGGGAAUGAAGGAGUAGCACAGGAUAAGCAAGAAUAUAAUGAGAGCCUCGUACGUCGAGGAAAGCAACAGCAACCUUCUAAGAAGCAGCAGCCAUCUUCAAUAGCAGAAGCAAUGAUAUUAGACACGGAAGCGGCUGUUAUAGCAAAUUUCGAAUUUUUGCGUCAUACGGAUAUGGAUAUGGAAGAGGAGGAGGGAGACGUGGAAGAUGAAAUUUACGAUGCAAAUACAGAUACCAAACCAAAUAAAGCAUCUAUUCCCCUUCUAGCGGAGGAUGUUGAUACAGAUGCGGAGGCAGAAGAAGUGUUAAAUGAAUUAAAUCUUCUCACAGAAAUCGAAGAAUCACCGCCUGGUUCUAUUCAUCUGGAAAUGAAUUCUUCAGACUGGAAUGCAGCACUACAUAGAGGAUUGCAACCAGACCCAAGACGCCCGAAUAAGGAAGGUGACUCUACAUUGGAAUUAGGAGAAUUAGAACAAUUAUGUGUUAACAAUGAUGCAGAAAUAUCGUAUGAUAUGGUUUCUACUACAAAAGAAACCUUCAGGAAAACAUGGAACGCGAAAUAUACGUUACGAUCGCAUUUUGACGCUGUCAGGGCACUUGUCUUCCAUCCCACAGAUCCAGUCCUUAUUACCGCGAGCGAUGAUCACACGUUGAAAUUGUGGAAUCUUCAUAAGACUGUACCAGCAAAAAAGUCAGCCUCGUUAGAUGUAGAACCACUUUACACAUUUAGAUCACACACUGGACCUGUAUUGUGUCUGGCCAUGUGCAGUAUGGGUAAUCGAUGUUAUAGCGGUGGCUUGGACGGCAAUAUUCAUUGCUGGACGCUUCCAUCAGCCAACAUCGAUCCAUAUGACUCGUAUGAACCAAGUGUCCUUAGUCAUACGUUAACAGGACACACGAAUGCUGUUUGGGGCUUGAGCAUGAAUUUACGUACCAUGCUGUCGUUCAGUGCAGAUGGAACUGUAAAAUUAUGGGCUCCACAAGCUCCACAACCUCUCCUCCAUACGUAUGUUUCAGAACAAGACGGAAUACCGACUUCGGUUGAUUUUGUCAGGGACGAGCCACACAAGCUGGUCGUGGCUUAUGAAGGAGCUUGUGUAAUAUUUGACUCUGAAACUGGCGCAAUCGUGGCGCGACUCGAGGCGAACGAGACGAAAGGCGUAAAUCGUGUAGUAGCACAUCCGACGUUACCACUCGUCGUGGCCGCACACGAAGAUCGGCAUAUACGAUUUUACGAUCACCGAUCGGCUACUCUUGCUCACGCAAUGGUAGCGCAUUUGGACGCAGUUACUAGUCUCGCUGUAGAUCCUCAUGGUUUAUAUUUACUUUCAGGAAGUCACGAUUGCAGUAUAAGAUUGUGGAACAUGGAUAACAAGACUUGUGUUCAGGAGAUAACAGCGCAUCGGAAGAAAUUUGAUGAAAGUAUUUUGGACGUAGCGUUCCACCCGUCACGACCGUUUAUAGCGAGCGCCGGUGCCGACGCUCUCGCCAAAGUGUUUGUGUGAAAUGUGUAAAAUUCAAGAUACACUCUCACUACAUCAAAAUGAUUUCUACUACUACAUCAAAUCAAGCAGUUUUUUGUACUCGUAUACUUCAUUUUAGAUAGCCUUAUAUAACUUUAUGUGUCCACCCGCAUCCACCAUACAUACGAACAACGCAUACACGUAACACACACAUAAACACACUUCCGAUAUAUUUCCGUUGUAACUUUGAUCAUUCUACCAUUUCCGAGGUAUCGAUUUAUAAGGAAAUCAAAUCGCUCGUGUAGUUAUUCGUAAAAAAAAAAGAAAAUUAUCAGUAACUCUUGUCUGUGACACAGUUUAUGGAGAAAAAAAUAAUUUUAAAUAAUAUAAACGCUGCUUGUUGAUGUUCAAUCAUCAUUAAGUAGCUGAUACUAUUUGGAAUAGCGGGGAGGGGUGAAUCAUGUAGAAUAUUAGCCGAUAUAGUCCUGAUAAUUAGAGGAAAUCAACCCCUUGCCCACAGAAUCCACGAAGUACACUGCCGCGGUAGCGUAAUAUUUAUCCUUACGUUAACUAUUUAUUACCAAUAUCGCCGUUACUGUUGCACAGCUACUGGGGAUUAAUACAAACGUAAUAAUCGAUUAUACAGUUGC